GAAAACUUAUCAUUUUCUUUACAAAAUGGCGGACGGUGAAAAAUUGAAGAGUAAGAAAACCGUUCGCUUAGACGAGGAUAGCGCGAAAAGCGAAGACAAAAAGGAUGAAAAAAUACGAAAGAAGCUUUCCUUGAGUCUCCCUCUUUGCCCUGGACGCUCUUUGCGGACAAGAAAGCCUUCAAAAGGUGAUUUAAUUUUAAAACUUUUUAAGGAAUUUCAAUUUGGCGUUAAAGGCUAAUGAGUCAUUUGUGGUGUGUUUUAAGCCUCAAUAAGGAAUGUAUCAAGUGUUUUUGUUUGUGUCUGUUUAAUAGAGUGUUAUUUGUUUUCUUUUUUACAAGGGUUUUUGUUAUGAAAUAAAAUAUCUAAGUUGUGUUGGGUGUCAAAAUAUUUCAGUCUUACUGUAUAAAUAAUAACAUUCCAUUGACGAAAUAUUUAUGCAUAUUAAUUAUACCUACUGUGCAAUUGUUAUUGUGUACAUUUUAGGGCUUAUAAUGUUUAUUUGAACAAAAUAAUGUUUAUAAUUAAGCUGACAAGAGUUCAAUACAAACAACUGACAUUUCAAAACCUUUACUUAUUUAUUAUGCUAUGCCAAUUUCACACAAUCUGCACAAAUACAAACACAAGAAUAUACAACCUUUCAAUCGUAGCAGGGUGUAUGCUACAAUUACGCCAAUUACAGCAGCCCUUACAGAACGAACAUGACACAUUCUUCAUUGGAUCUUUAGUGAUAUAAAAAGGCCAAUUUGCACCCAGAAAAACCCUUCACAGGUUUAACAACUUAGACUGCUAAAUAGUUAUUACAAUAUAUCUUAUUGGCUCUUAUUGUAUGGAUUUAAUUUCCAUUCAAUAAAUUGCUAUAAAAAUGUUUGUCUAAACCAAAUAUGUAUGGGCUACACUAAACCAACUUUGUUUUUCCUGGAUAGUUCUUAUGGUCAUAAACAUUUCACACGGCUUGUUUACAUUUGCACCAGACUGUAAAGUUUGGUCUGUGUGGGGAUUCUUCAAAAUCUGCACAUUUUUGAUGAACUAAUGAUUUAUUUUGUCUCUUACGUGUUGGGCCUUGCGAAAAGAGGCAGAGAAAACUCUGAAAAUGCUAUUUCAGAUGAUCUAGAGACUCCAAAUUUUCAAAACAUUUUCACUCAAUGCAUGCAACCAUGGUGGUGCCUCGUGUAAGUUAUGCAACCAUGCAUUCUCAAACGUUCUGCCUUCAUUUCCGCACAACUGCCAUUUAUGACGGAAAAGUUCCCCACGCAAAAAUAAUACUUUACAGUCUGUCACUUGCGCUGGCAAUUUUUGCCGUGAUUUCUGGUGUGAUUGUGAUGCAUGUGAACAAUUCAACAAGUGGAUAAGUGAAUUCAUAACUCAUUCACAUGUAUCUGAGGAAGAAAAUUGCAACUGUAAACGAGGCUUUAGAGUUCCAGUCAGGGUGACUCUUAGGCCUGUUUUAUACGUCGAAUUUUGGUCGCGUCGAGUGCAAUUCAAACGGUAGAUAAUGAAGCUUAAUGAGGUUUAUCAUCUUGUUAUCUAUUGUCUUAAUUGCAUUCAACACAACCAAAAUUCGAUGUAUAAAACGGGCCUUAGGCCCAGUUUAGACAGUGAACAUUUCAUGUGCCGAUAAUGUUAAAUUUCAUGUAACAUUAUUAAACUUUUAUAAAAAGUUACCAAUUGUUGUUGAAAAUUGAGCCCUGCCCACUUUAAAUUAACCCUAAUUUUUUCACGAUAUGAAACCGGAACCACAAGUAUUCUUUUUUUAGGCCUAAUGGGUUAAUGAAAGCAUCUGCCAAUGUGUCUUCGUUGUUAACUCAUUAACUAAGCUGCAAAUUAUGCAACAUACUUUAUUAUUUUACUCCGUCUAAUGCCAGAUGAUUUUACUUGUCGAGGGGAGAAUCUUGUGCACUUAUGGGUUAAACCGAACACACUCUUUUUACAUGCAGUGACUGUGAAAGGCACAUGAUUGUACAGCAUUAACCAUUGCGAUGCUACUAAAUAACUCAGAAAUUUUUCAUGUGUAUAAUGCACAGGUUUAGAUAUAAAAGCAAGUGAACAAGCAAGAAAAAUCAAGAAAGCCAUUAGUAUACCAUCAAAAACAGAUGAUAUGUUAAGGUACAAGUUGUUGAUUAUGGAAUAGUUUUGUCUUGUACGUUUCUAAUUGACAAAGUUACUAGUAUGUAGUUAUUUCUAUUACAGUAAACAGAUGCGAAAAUUAUCAGAAUUCACUCCAAAGGCUGGAAUAUUAAAUUUCAAAGAAGGGGUGAGGACCAUCUUUAAUUGGUAUAGAAAAUUAAUAUAUGAUUGAAGUUACUAAUGAAACAUAUUUCUCAUGCAGAUGGAAUGUAUAUAUAUAUUCACAGUCACACUGAUAUGCCCUAGUAUUUUAUUAUUUUACCUGUCUAAUAGAUGGUUAGGUGCAUUGGGUGGGAGGCCUGCCGUUUGUAUACCAGAUACUUACCAUUACUUGGACUCAGGUCAAGCUUCCAAGUAUUGACAUGACCACCCGUUUGCACCUAUCACACUAAAUUACUAAGUGGGACGCAAACAAACGAUGAAGAAUUAAGAAUCAGAGUAACAAGAAGGAAAAAAAUUUUCUAGCUUGCGCUUACAACUGCUUGUCAAGCUGCGCUUCUCACAAUGAUGCAGGCAAUGCCUGUUGUGCUUCCUGCCUUUAACGCCUAGGUUCGGCCCAUGCUCCGCGCGCUAUGUUACCUUGUUGUUAACCUUGCUUAUUGCAUAACCUCAUUUAACACCUUCGGUAGCAUACAUGUACAACUUACCCGUGUGGAUGGUUAGGUGCAUUGGGUGGGAGGCCUGCCGUUUGUAUACCAGAUACUUACCAUUACUUGGAUUCAGGUCAAGCUUCCAAGUAUUGACCUGACCACCCAAAGUGAUAUCCCCAUCAUUUAUGCCAGACAAUCUUAUUCACUCAACAGGUUAAUAUUCCAACUUACUUAACAAAUUAAUUUCUGUUUUGUGUGUUUCUUGUUGUACCAUUUAUUGUAAAUUACAAAACAGAAAUGUGAUCAACAUAAUAUUAUCCGAUUGCAGAGAUUUCCAUUCACAAUGAAUGAUUUUGACUUGCUCUGCGCCAUUGGUAGUGGUACAUGUGGCGAGGUGUCCAAAAUGAAACAUAAACCAACUGGAAGAGUUUUAGCUGUUAAAGUGAGUGACAACAUUGGAAUAUGUUGCUUGAAUAUAUUUUGAUUGUGUCCCUAUAUAUUUCCAUUUUAAUUAACGGCCAUUAACUUUGAAGUGGCAAUGUGCUCUAUCGAACCCAACUCUGUCUAAUGCCAGACUAUUUUACUUGUCAACGGGAGAGUGCUUGCACUCGAUUGGUUAAUCAGACUAUCUGCAGCCCAUGUGUCUUGUUAACCCAGACUAUUUUAUAUUCUGCCUAAUGCCAGAAAAUUAUGCUUGUCAAGGGUGCAGGAGGGCGCACCCCCCCAAAAAAUAUUUCCCACCCCACCCCAAAAAUAUUUCCCACCCCACCCCAAAAAUAUUUCCCCACCAGGGUGCACACCCCCAAAAUAUUUCCCACCCCACCCCCAAAAUAUUUCCCCACCCCGCCUAGAGAAAUUUCCCUGGAAAUUAAAUGUUCAUUGAAAUAAAUGACAGUACUGUGAUUGAAACAAGAAUUUUGAACUAAAUAUGGUAAGACCAAAUAUCUCAUAAUUUCCUGGGGGCUUCACUUGCUUACCCCCAAACUGGCCUCCAUACUCUGCCCCAGACCCCUGCUGCAACUUGCUCAAUGAUGCUAUGUGCCCCUCACCCCCCUGAAUCUUUACUGCCCCCCCCCCCUAGAACUGUCCAUGAUGUGCCUUAGUUGGCAAGACCAAAAAAAAAAUAUGUGGGUUUCCGGUUUCUUCUUAUAAAAACUUAGGUAGGGUAGGUCGGUUUUAACUUUUUUUUUAAAACUUUUUUUUAAUUUUCCGAACAAGCGGACGCCAUUUUGUUUAGUCAGUGCUUCCACAUCCAAAGAUAAAUUUCCCUAAUAUUGUCUCAAAUUUCAAUUUUCUGCAAACUUUUUCCUCUAAGUGGAAACACUUACAAGCAUGAUCCAAUAAAAAAGUUUAGGGUCGGGAUUUCGACGUCCAAAAGCUAGGUAGGGUCGGGAAACCGGAAACCCACAUAUUUUUUUUUUUUGGCCCUGAAUGCAUCCUACUUUUGAUUAGCCUGCUUGCCGCCUGGACCCCUUGGAAAUUCCAGGCGGCAAGCAGGCUAACUUUUGAUGUUAUAUUACUCUGUCUAGUCCCAGCACUCAAUGGGUGAAUUGCAAACGGAAUGCAUUCCAGACUUAUUCAUGUACUAUUUAGCUAAAACAUGAGCAUCAGAUAUAAAGAUACGAGGCGAAGCCGAGUAUCUUUAGGUCUGAUAAAACACGCACUGCGAAUGUUUUAAAUUGCUUCAAAAACGAUCGAUCUAGUAUAAGUUCAUUGGCGAAGUAAUUUUCAAAAAAUACGUUGUGUAAGUCGAGAAAAUCAAAGUUAAAGUUUACGUAAAUCAAGGGAAAUUCUAUAACGUAUAAAGAUACGACACGCUUAUGAUUUUUCUUUGUUGAAUUAUUAAUGAGUUUUUGAAUAUGAUUAUGAAGAAUGAUAUCUUUAAUAAAAUCCCAUUCCAGAAAAUGUGUCAAUCUUAUAAUGCUGAGGAACAGAAGAGGAUAGUGAUGGAUUUAGAUGUUGUAUUAAAAAGUCAUGAUUGUCCCUACAUUGUAGCGUGUUUAGGAGCUUUUAUUUCCGAGGUAUGGUGAUUUUUUGCCACAUUUGCUGCUGUGUGUGGUGAAAAAUUGGUGAAAAUUAUUUUCUUCUUGUAGUCUGACGUAUUUAUAAUAAUGCAGUUAAUGGAAACGUGUUUUGAUAAAUUAAAGAACAAUUAUGGUCCGAUUCCCGAACGAAUAUUGGGAAAAAUGACAGUGGCAGUAAGUUUAAUCAUUUCUGUAAUGCAUCAAUCAUCUCGUCUUUUAGAUAGGCAGUUAAUUGGUAAAAAACAAUUUUCUUGAAAACCUAUUCAACCAAUGGUCAAUGUUGUAUCAUAGGCCAAAAAACUGAAAGACCGAGAAAAAAAACCCGGCUGAAAAACCGGAAACAAUUCGGAAAAAAAACUGUUUGAAACUUAAUAAUAUAUUGAAAUAAAAUGGCAUCUUGUCAAAAUUACAGCGCUAGUUCAACUUUUUCUGACGAAACUUCCAACUUUCAAACGUUAAAAACAUGAGAAUUAUAUAGCACAGUCACCUAAUGGUGGCUUACCGCUUGUACAUUAAGACAGUACUAUAGUCUAUACCAUUAAUACAAUUGUUUUUAAAACUAAAAUAAUGUGUA